ACUUUACCUUUCUGCUGGUAUCGGAAGAAUUGCAUUUCAUUUCGUCAUCAUGAGCGAGGGAGCACUGCCGUUUCGUUUUACAGACGAGAAGACGUUGAAGUUUGUUGAAGAAUAUCGGAGGGCCGAAUGUCUAUGGAAUCGGACACGGGCGCGCAAAGAAGAGCGCGAACAGGCAUAUGAUCGGUUGAGAAGGGCAAUGGAUAACGAAAGAACGGUUGGGGAAGAACCAUUGACAUUAAAGGGAGUUAAAGUGAAAAUAAAGAAUUUGCGCACAUACUAUCAUCAGGAGUUAAAGAGAAUGAAGUCUGAUCUAGGCUACACACCUAGGAGUAUUUGCUUUAAACCAUUACACUCGUUCUUGGCUAAAUAUUUACACCAAAGCAAGUUUAAGACGGUUGGGGAUUCAGCUGGAGAUGUUUCCGAAGAUGAUGCUACGCAUAUACCUUUGUCAACCAUAAAGCGUUGUAAAAUAAAGCUUACCAGAUUAAAAACAAUAAAGUUGCUACCUUUGAAGGAUGAAGGAGAUUGUAUAGAGGUAGUGGAGCCCCAAGUUGAGAAAAUAAAAAGCGAACCAUCGGCGGAGCAACAGCUUUUGGUCAAGGUUGGCUCUUCUCCUCACGCCGAGGCCCCACCACUUAGGCUGUUGACACCGCCAACAUCCGCACCGCUUCCCCUGCCUCCUCCUCUAAACUAUCGCGCUGAGCAAUUACCUCACAUUACUGAAAUUACUACGCUACAUCAGCCUCUCAAGAAUAUAAAUAAUUCAUCUACCAUCGAACGCAAUCCGAUGCAACCACUUCAAAACGAGGAUGAAUUCCACUUUUUUGGACUAAGCGUUGCGGCCCAGCUACGGAGCAUGCCACUUUCCAAUGCCAUGCUGAUGCAGGCCAAUAUUCAGAAUUUAUUAUCUACAGAGCGGCGCAAGAUUAACGGGAAUAUCGGAACAUAAAGGAAAUAAUAUUUAUAAAGUAUAUCUAUACUUUCCAUGUGAUACACCUGUUAUGGGUCAGCUUUUUAUUGCCUUUGAGAAACAUUUGUUUGCGUUUAAACAGAAUUCAUACUCAAACCAUGGGACCAUGGGACCCACAAACUAUAGCAUCAAGAUCAAGCCGAAAGUUUGGCUGGUACAGGAUAUUUCACUGGCGGGCUUGCUCGCCUGUAGCGUUCUCUCUUAUUCUUACUUGUAAAUGAAUCAAAUUUAAAAUUAACAAAUCUAAUACCUAUGGACAGUAUUAUUGCUAUAAUUUUAUAAAAAAGUUAUAUUAACUCUAAAAAUACUCUUAGCCGAC